GCGGUAAAAAUGGCAAAAAAUCAGCCGGUGCGGAAUAUCACAGCCAUGUUGUCCCUGUUGUUACUCUGGUUGUUUGUUGGACUUACCCUUGGUUUGGGAGAUGUUUACCUGCCAGCUGGAAAUGAGUUUGUAAGUGGAGGAAAAUUGGCCACGGAGUACUUUACCUAUGCAGCUCCACCGGAGGAUCAGGAGGAUCAGACUCCUUGGCAAUCGGCCAGGCAAUUGGCCCAAAUAAUCUCCCCACCGCAACAGGUGGUGUUUAUACGGACGCCAGAGACGAACGUAUUUUCCCUGACUGCCAAACAGCUGGCGGUUAAUAAUCCACUGGACAUCUUUGUGCUCCACCGGCAAGCGGAUGCAGAUGCUCUGGCCAAGCAGCAGGCUUUGAUUCAACAGCAAGUCACCGAGAAACCCUCGGUGCACUUCGUGAAAUACAGAACUCCAGCGGAUGUCACCAGAGCUCUGAGUGCCUUGAGAAGUGAUUAUGAUAGACUACCCGGCAAUAGUAUCAUCCAUGCUGUGGAAAAAGCCGAAGUUCUUCAGCUUAAACCACAAACAACUGAGACACCUGUGAUCUUUAUGAUCCGGCCCAAAGAUAGUCAAGAUUACGAGACACAUGAACAGGCCAGCGAAUUGGAAACUGCCAAAUUGCAGGCUUUAUUCCGGGAAUAUCUGCCACCGGGAAAGAGACGUUAG